CACAGUCUUUGACAGAAAAUUAUCUGUUAUUUUCAUGAUAUUUACUUUUGUAAUUUAUGUUUAUUUCUUCUUGGAAAUAGAAAAUAAAUAAUAAAAUUGACCACAAAAUGUUAGAACAGGUGAAGCGUAUUAUUUUGGUGCUCUCAGGAAAAGGAGGUGUUGGUAAAUCUACAGUUAGCACUCAGUUGGCACUCACUCUCAAAGAAAAAGGAUUUAAGGUAGGACUGCUAGAUGUUGACCUAUGUGGGCCAAGUGUCCCUUACAUUUUAAAUUUGGAAGGCCAAAGCAUUCACCAGGGCACCGAAGGAUGGAUCCCAGUGUAUUUGGACAAGGAACAGAAGUUGGGCGUAAUGUCAAUCGGCUUUUUGUUGAAAUCGAGAAAUGACGCGGUAGUUUGGCGUGGACCAAAGAAAACAUCUAUGAUCAAACAGUUCCUGGAAGAUGUUUGUUGGCAAGAUUUAGAUUAUCUCAUAAUUGAUACUCCACCAGGUACUUCAGAUGAGCACAUUACUGUUAUGGAGAAUCUACGGCAAGUGCCACAUUGUUCAGCUGUGAUUGUGACCACACCUCAGGAGGUAGCUAUUGAGGAUGUGAGGAAGGAGAUCACCUUCUGCAGAAAGACGGGAAUUCCUAUACUUGGCAUCAUUGAGAACAUGUGCGGCUACGUAUGUCCUUCAUGUACUGAAUGCACAAACAUUUUCUCAAGCGGCGGUGGCAAGUCGCUGGCAGACAUCACAAAGAUACAAUUUCUGGGCAGUAUACCCAUCGACCCUCGCGUUGGGAAACUGGCCGGCCAGGGUUUAGCCGCUGUCAAGGAGUUGCCGGAAUCGGAGACGAGCAAAGUGUUUAACGGUAUGGUGGAGAUGCUGGCUCAAAAUACUGGGAAUGGUAUCUCAUCUUAGUUGUUUUGAUUUAUAUAUUUUUGUUGAGGUUUUUUUUAAUAUGGCGUAAUAUGGAUAUUGAUUAGUCAGUAUUUUUAAUUCCAGAAAUAUGUAUAUUUACAGUCAAUAUCUCUAUUAAUAAUAAUUACCUAUAUCUUCAUAGUGUUAUUUAUUGGAUACAAAUGCUAUAAGAAAAAAUACAAAAAGAUUUCCUUUGAAUUUGUUUUGUUGUUGUUGUGUUGUAACAUUCCUAUACUAUUCAAAAAUUACUUGAGGAUUGUAAAUAAAAUAUUUUUAUAAAGGUUUAAAAAAAAAA